AUGAGGGUUUGUGAACCUCUUUACAACGAGGGUUAUUCACAAACCAUAGACCUUAGAUCCUCUGAACUUCCUGUGUGUAGCAGCCAAUGUAACGAGGAUCCAAGUGUUGGGGUUGAGGAUCGGAAAGAAAGGCGUAAAUGGUCUCCGAAGGAGGAUAUUAGCUUGAUCUCUGCUUGGUUGAAUACCAGCAAAGAUCCAGUUGUGGGUAACAAGCAAAAGGCGGCUGCUUUCUGGAAGAGAAUUCAGAUCUACUACAACGCAAGUCAUCAGCUAGUUGGCAUGCAUCCGAGAGAGGCGGAUCAGUGCAAGCAGCGGUGGGGAAGGAUCAACGAUCAAGUCUGCAAAUUUAUAGGCUGCUACGAGGCUGCUCUGCAGGAACAAAGAAGCAGCCAAAACGAGGACGAUGUGAUGAAAGCUGCACACGACAUAUUCUUCAGUGAUCACGGCAUAAAGUUCUCUUUGGACCACGCAUGGAGAGAGUUUCGGUAUGACAAGAAGUGGUCAACCACGGUGAAUGCUAAAGACGGUGGCAAAGAGAAACGAAGGAAAGUAGACGAUGGUGCAGGGCAAGCGGCAAACUCCCUAGAAGAGGAAGUUGCACAAAGAAGACCGCCUGGUGUUAAGGCCGCUAAGGCUGGAAAAUGUAAAAGGAGUGGGCUGAAGACAACCGGAGGAAAAGAAUCUGCCGACCACUUGGCUAAGUUGGAAACCAUGUGUGAUAUUAAGAAGAUGGAUUUGGAACUGAAAAAAGAGAUUUUGAACAAGAGAUUGUUUGAGUUUUUCCUUGCUAAACCCGAGCCACUUUCUGAAAAUGAAAUGGCUCUUAAAAAUAAACUAAUUAAUGAGUUGUUGUAA